GUCCCUUCAUACCCGGAAGCAGGAACAGGAUUUAUCAGAGACCUGCGUUGUGUCGAGCUGUAUUUGUCAACGCGGAUUGCGGUGAGAGCAUCAAGAGACGGAUUAGAUUAGACAGAUUUUGUUUGUGUUUCGCUGCUGCGUGUGAACACAAUGAACAUGUCGCGGACUUCUCUGCUGCUGCUGACGGUGUUUCUGUGUGGCUGUCUGGUCACAGGGGCUCCAGUUCCAAACGAACAUGAUCAAACCAACUCAGGUCAGCAAAUUAAAAAAGCCCAUAAACCACCAGGCUCCGUUUCAGCAGACAAAACCCCAAAAGCAGAUGCCAAUGGAGACGCAUUUCCGUCUGACAUAAGACCUGUUAAUAAUAAUAAUAAUGGACCAAAGAGUGAACCUACAGUGCAAGCUGAAAUUCCUGAGAAGAAGCAAGAAGAUGCCCAACCACCUAGUCAACCUGACAAACACAAGAGCGAAAAGGAGACAAGCAAACCAGUUACAAACAGUAAGCCGGUGGAGUCUAAUACAGGAAGUCAGACAGGGAAUCGAAAAGGCAAAACAUCAGAGGAUGAGAAUCGAGAGCAGAAAAGUUUGACUGAAAAUCAGCAAGCAGAUGGGAACAAAGAGAAGAUAGUGAAGAAAGACGGUGAUCAGGAUCCUGCACACAAAUCAGGAACGGCGCAAGGUAAUGGAAAGGCUAUGGAGCUAACCGACGACAAGAAGUCGGAUGGAAAAAAUCCCCUACAGACGUCAAUAACAAAAAGGAUGUCAAUCAGAAAAAUGCAGUAGAAAAAAACCCCGGAAAUGAUGGUGGAGCGACAAAGGCAAAAGAAAAAGAUGUCAAUGAAAACAAUGAAGAAGAAAAUACAAAUGUACAAGAGGAUAAAACAGACAAUGUAAUGGAAGAGGAUGCUGAAGAAGAACAACAUGCACAUGUAAAGGGUGCUAAAGAAAAAGGAAAAGGAGCGGGUGCUGAAGAAGAACAAGAUGCACAUGUAAAGGGUGCUAAAGAAGAAGAAAAAGGAAAAGGUGCGGGUGCUGAAGAAGAACAAGAUGCACAUGUAAAGGGUGCUAAAGAAGAAGAAAAAGGAAAAGGUGCGGGUGCUGAAGAAGAACAAGAUGCACAUGUAAAGGGUGCUAAAGAAGAAGAAAAGGGAAAAGGAGCGGGUGCUGAAGAAGAACAAGAUGCACAUGUAAAGGGUGCUAAAGAAGAAGAAAAGGGAAAAGGAGCGGGUGCUGAAGAAGAACAAGAUGCACAUGUAAAGGGUGCUAAAGAAGAAGAAAAAGGAAAAGGAGCGGGUGCUGAAGAAGAACAAGAUGCACAUGUAAAGGGUGCUAAAGAAGAAGAAAAAGGAAAAGGAGCGGGUGCUGAAGAAGAACAAGAUGCACAUGUAAAGGGUGCUAAAGAAGAAGAAAAAGGAAAAGGAGCGGGUGCUGAAGAAGAAAAAGGAAAAGGAGCGGGUGCUGAAGAAGAAAAAGGAAAAGGAGCGGGUGCUGAAGAAGAACAAGAUGCACAUGUAAAGGGUGCUAAAGAAGAAGAAAAGGGAAAAGGAGCGGGUGCUGAAGAAGAACAAGAUGCACAUGUAAAGGGUGCUAAAGAAGAAGAAAAAGGAAAAGGAGCGGGUGCUGAAGAAGAAAAAGGAAAAGGAGCGGGUGCUGAAGAAGAAGAAGGAAAAGGAGAGGGUGCUGAAGAAGAAGAAGAUGCACAUGUAAAGGGUGCUAAAGAAGAAGAAAAAGGAAAAGGAGCGGGUGCUGAAGAAGAACAAGAUGCACAUGUAAAGGGUGCUAAAGAAGAAGAAAAAGGAAAAGGAGCGGGUGCUGAAGAAGAACAAGAUGCACAUGUAAAGGGUGCUAAAGAAGAAGAAAAAGGAAAAGGAGCGGGUGCUGAAGAAGAACAAGAUGCACAUGUAAAGGGUGCUGAAGAAGAAGAAAAGGGAAAAGGAGCGGGUGCUGAAGAAGGGAAAGCUAAAGACAAAAUUACAAAGGAAAAGCCUGGUAAAGGAGAAAAUGCAGAAGGAAACGAUGCUAAAAAAGUAAAUGCUAAAGAUGACGGUACAAAAGGACAUGGAGGUGACAAGGAAAGCAAUAAAGGAUGGAACAUGGAUGAUGACCUAUCUGUCCUAAAGGAUGAAGCAGAAAGCAGUCAUUUCUUUGCCUACCUUGUCUCUACGGCUGUGUUGGUGGCAAUCCUCUACAUAACUUACCACAACAAGCGCAAGAUAAUUGCCUUUGCAUUGGAAGGAAAGAGAUCCAGAUCCACACGUCGACCUAAAUCCGGAGAUUACCAGAAGUUGGAACAACACAUGUGAUCUCAAGCCAUUGCCCGAAGCAGCUAAGUGCACUGUUCGGUGUAUAAGAAGACAGAGAGUGGAUUCUGGUGUUAAAUAUUUUAUUGGUGCACUCUGCAUAGAAUUCACCUUGUGUUAAAAGGACUUUGUUCUGUUUUGUACCCUUAGAUGUUUAUUGCAUGACUAUGCAGAUAACACUGUUGCCUUAUUGACGGAAUUAGUGAGACGCAGUGAGGGUAAAAUGAGCAUGCUGUUUUUGCACUUGUGUCGUUAUUCCACUUUUCAGGCAAUCUUGUAACUUGGCCUGACUAAGGUCCUGACUCAGGAUAUUUAAGUAGCAAAUUAGCUGUUUAAUUCUAGCCUUUUUCGUAGGAUACAUCAGAGAUUGCACUUUGUACUGAAAUAAGCCAUUUGACUAUUUGUACAAUUCUGGCCCUGUGCUGUUUCUUUGAAGUUAUUUAAAUGUCUAUAAAAUGUGUCAAGAUUCUAUUUAGAUGUGCAGUAGUAUCAUAGUGGGGUUUCUACUCCUGUUCACAAUCAUGUGGUUGUAGCCUAAUGAAUGUAUUAGAAACCUUUGUUUUCCAAAUGAGAUGCUAGCUAGCACUGGGCCCACCCACUCCAGCUUCUUAAAGGGUUUAUUUAAGAACUAAUUUGGUAACAUCUAUGCUUAGUUAGUAGUUUAACAAUUUAAAACAUGUUCAUUUAUUUUUUUCUGAGAAUUAAGUAAAAAAAUAAGUUAGCACCACUCUUAUAUUUGCCUGGCAAAUAUAACCGCUGCCAGCUAGCUUAGCCUAGCAGAGAUUGGAAAUGGGUAAACGGCUAAGUUGGCUCUGUCAGAAGGUAGCAAAAAUCGGCACUGCUAAAUGUUGGUAAUAAAUAUGUAGUAUGCAUUUAGUUUAACUCAUAAAAAAGCUGAAGUUUUACAAAAACAUGCAGUUUUGCAAGGGGCUAUGUGCUGCACCACUUCUUUAAGCUUCUGUGGGCUUUUACGCUAAGCUAAUAGGCUGCUAGCUGUAGCUUCCUAUUUAGCAUACAUAUGAGUUUUAUCACUUAUAUUCCUUUAAAAUAGAGCUAAAUGACUGAAUUUAAACUUGUCUUAGAGUGUUGAUUAUGCAUGUAAAACCUUUUUAUUUUUCCAUACUGUCUGUCAUGAAAAGUCUGUGGUAGAAUUACUGAAAUAUUGUAUUUCAUGAAAACUGUCAGUCUUGUUAAUUUGUGACUGCCUGACACUCGUGUGGCCAGUUAUUCCUGUUUUGGAUAAACAUAUGUAGCUUGUACCACUUGAUGCUUUGCAUAGGAACUCUAGUCUGAAUUGUUGGUUGGGGUAACAUACUUUUUUUUUUUUAACAGGAAAUGGCCUGCAGUCAAUAGUUUUGACUGGAGUGAAGUGUUGGAAAAAAUGUGUCUGAUUUGACCACUAAUACAUAAGAGUUCAUCUUUCCUCUAGACUAGAUGUGUGCUUCUGUUCAGUGAUGACAGACUUGUGCCAAAUAGUGAAUGAUUUUACUGUGAUUCAGUGUGCUGCUCUUGUAUUGUGCCUGUUUUCAAUAAUUAGCUCCCCAUUUCUAGCAGGUGGUGGUCACGGAAAGACAGUUCUGUAAAAAGUAAAAUAAGUCAGUUGUUUCUUGGCAGAAGGACGUCCAUGUUGUGUUUAAAAAUAUAUUUUUUAUUGAAAAAAAAUAUAAUAUAAAAUUUGAGCAUUUUUAUAAUAUAUUUUUGUUACAAGAUGUUCCUGUUUUUCUCAGUGAAAUCAGGCACCAGAAUCAAUUUGAAAACAUCGCAACCAUCGAGCUAAAUAAUUCAGAGUAAGGUAUUUGUUUCACUUUGUUCAAAAUGACUGUCCAUAAAAACAAACUGCUGUCCUUCAAAUAUAUCAUGGCACAUCUGGCUGAAAGCUAAAAAUAAAGGCUUUUUGUACUUUCUCGCCUCA